UAUUCCUUCUUAUUCAUACUCAACUAAGUUACGUGCGUUUCCGCUUUAGAAUCCGUAGGUAUUUCAAAAUGUCGCAUUUGGUAAAUAAAGUCAAGAACUUCGUAUCUGAUAAAUUCCACGGCGUGGCCAAGCCUGAAGCGAGUGUCGCCGACGUGGAAUUUCAGCGCGCCACGAUGAAUAGUGUGGAGUACUUGGCCAGAGUCGCGGUUGAUAAUCCUUAUUCACAUUCUCUCCCUAUCUGUGAGGUCAACUACGCAUUCAAAAGCGACACUAGGGAGAUAGUAUCAGGGACAAUACCAGAUCCAGGGUCGUUGAAAGCAAAGGAUACAACAAUGGUGGAUGUGCAUGUGAAGGUGCCGUAUAACAUAUUGGUGAGCUUGGCAAAGGACAUUGGAGCUGAUUGGGAUAUUGACUAUCAGUUGGAUGUGGGUCUUGUUAUUGACCUUCCUGUUGUUGGUAACUUCACCAUUCCUCUUUCUCGUAAGGGAGAGAUUAAGCUCCCAAAACUUUUCUAACAUGUGCUCUAGUUUCUACUUGCUGUGGACAAUACUAAGUAUCAUGUGCUUUCGUUGUUUUCUUUUGUUCUAUGUUAGUGUAUGGGAAACAUGUUGUAUCACGUGCUUUCUCUCAUUGAGAUUGAACAAGAUUUGUACUAGUA